AUGUCGCGAUCCGACACCGACGGACGAGAGGUUGGCUCCGGCGCCGGCCCAUCACACCACUCCGAGCAUCCCUCACAGCGUCGCGAGCGACCCGAAUACGGUUACGCAGCAGCAGACGAGUCUCGUCGACCUCGUACUGCGCAGGAAGUAUCAUCUUCAGACUACUACGACCAGCGUUCGGCAUACGACGCUUACACACGCGAUACAGACAGAUCGUCGUAUGCAAGGGCAAACGGCUUGACGUCUGAUCAAGAGAGUUCUUAUCAACGCGAGCUAGAACUCAUGAAGGCUCGCGAAGAGCAGGAGCGCAGCUAUGGCGGCGCUUCGGGAUCGCGGUCCAACCGUCCACCGGAGACGGACUAUCGGUACGGUGGUUUGCCUGCCACGCGUGGGUAUGCCGACGAGUUCGGACCUCGCGCUACGACGAGCACCGAACGACCGAGUCUGCAAGGGUUCUCGCGCGUCGAAGACGGCAAACGCUAUCGACUAGUUGUGGUGCAGCAUCCGAGCCGUGCGCGCAUGUGCGGGUUCGGCGACAAGGAUCGACGUCCGCUAAGUCCCACGCUGAUCGUCAAGCUUGUGAUCACCGACGAGGCGACGGGCGAAGAGAUCAGCCCCUCCGAAGUCAACACGUCGCUGUUUCUGCUCGCAACGGAUCUGUGUCAUCCGGACGACCUCAUGCUCGCGCCGAGAAACAUUCUCGUGCAUCACCACGCUUCGUCGCUGUCGGCGCAUUCUACGCAGCAUGGCGGUCCGGGCGGGUAUGCGACUGACGAGUUCGGACAGCGCGCUGGUCCGAGCCUCGGCGCGUACGCCGCUGACGGCGCCGGACCAUCCGAAGACGGCUACCGGUCGGGCAGCGGACCUCCAGGUGCAGCAGCGUCUUCGUCGACAUCGACCAUGACUCCGUACGAGCGUUCGCCGCAAGCCUCGAUGCAGUUCGGCGGCACCUUUGCGCAGCAGAGUCAAGCCGAAUCGUACACGCGAAAUCUGGUAGGAGCCGCCGUAGCUAGCGCCUCGGUUCUCAAAGACGAGCAGGACAAGUGGUGCACAUUCUUCGUCUUCCAGGACAUCUCGGUACGCACCGAAGGCGUCUACCGCAUCAAACUCACGUUUGUCAACCUCGAGGUGAGCGGUCGUGUCGGCACGGGUGUCGCAGAAGCGCUCUCAGAGACCUACACGGAACCCUUUACCGUUUACUCUCCCAGACGAUUCCCUGGAAUGUUGGAUCCAACACCGCUUUCGCGCAAGCUGGCCUCGCAGGGCAUCAAGAUUCCCGUAAGGAAUGACAAGAAGAAGCAGAGGAGGCGGAAUGACGACGGUGGCGAUGGAGAUGAUGGUGGGAUGGAUUACGAUGGAGGAUCUGGCGGUGAUGAUGACGACGAUUAG